AUGUCGUCCUCAUCACAAGGACAUCUCCCCUCCGACACUCCCUCCUCCAUCACCACAACUUCUAGCUCCUCUUCUACCUCACGAUCCGGCUCUCACACACCCCAGCAAAACUCAGGCGCCUCCUCCUACAGUCAAUACUUCUCCUACCCAGUCAGCCACGUCGUUUCGGGUCUCUAUCGACGCCUGACAGACCCUAGCGUCCCUACAACCGCUAUGACCUGGUCAACAUCCUUAUCCUCGUCCGAAGUAUUCACGCCGCGCCGAACAGCCUCACCCUUCCAACCUCCACCACUCACCCCCCUCACCCUCGCAAUACCUCGAGGCGCAGACCUCCUCCAACAGCAACUCCUGACGCGCGCCCUCGCCGAGGAAAUCCGCCUCCUCGUCCCAGCCCGCCUCCAACUCGUCGAGACCUGGCGUCUCGCCUACAGCCUCGAUCGCGACGGCGCCUCCCUCCACACCCUCUACGAUCACUGCCAGCAAUUCUCUCACCGCAGCCCGCGGGCGGGCUACGUCCUUGUCAUUCGCGACUCGUCGCCCUCCGGCGCCGUCUUCGGCGCCUACAUGACCGAUGCCCCACACCCCGAUUCCCAAUUCUUCGGCACGGGCGAGUGCUUCCUCUGGCGCGCGAGCGUGCUACCACCUCCCGCAAGCCUGGGUCUUGCAUUCACCGGCGACGGCCCGCAAUCUGAGGAAGCGCUGGAACGAGCUGGUCUACCGCCCCCGCCUUCGGCAGAUACUACCCACGCUGGACGUUGGAGUACUUUCCGCAGUGACCCGCGGUCCAAGGCGAAGACUGAGUCGUCGCCGGCUCAUAAUUUGAAUAUGAAUAUCAAGACUAAUCUAGCUGCGGCUAGUGGCGGUGCGCUGGCUCCUCCGUCGCCUUCGUCUAUUGAUACCCCGUCGCGGAGUGGGGCGAGUACGCCGGAGCGUAUUCGUUUCAAGGCGUUCCCGUAUAGUGGAGUGAAUGAUUACAUGAUGUUUUGUGAGACUGGAUUUUUGAGUCUUGGUGGAGGUGAUGGACGGUACGGUCUUUGGAUGGACUCUGGCCUUGAGAAGGGAGUUAGCUCCCAUUGCCAGACCUUUGGCAACGAACCUCUUUCCGAUGAAGGGGAGAAGUUUGAAGUUCUCGGUGUCGAGGUCUGGUAUGUGGGGUCGUAA